GGGUUCCCGGAUGCGGCCGCGCGGUGCGGAUAUAAAGGGCCGGGGGAAGGCGGGAGUGGGCGCAGUUUGAAUCGCGGCGGGUCGGGACAGGUCGGUGUUAUCGCCCGGGCUCGGUGUGUGCGGGACGCUUUCUGCUUCAGCCUUCCCCUGCGCGGCACUGCGCUCCGGUUCGCUAUGGCUGGUGGGAAAGCUGGGAAGGACUCUGGGAAGACCAAGACCAAAGCAGUGUCCCGUUCCCAACGGGCUGGAUUGCAGUUCCCUGUUGGCCGCAUCCAUAGGCACCUGAAGUCCAGGACAACCAGCCACGGGCGUGUAGGAGCCACAGCUGCUGUGUAUAGUGCUGCAAUCCUGGAGUACCUGACAGCUGAGGUCCUUGAGCUGGCGGGAAAUGCAUCCAAAGACUUGAAGGUGAAACGUAUCACUCCCCGUCACCUGCAGCUUGCCAUUAGAGGAGAUGAAGAGCUGGAUUCUCUGAUCAAGGCAACAAUUGCUGGUGGUGGUGUAAUACCACAUAUCCACAAGUCCCUCAUUGGCAAGAAAGGACAGCAGAAGACUGUCUAAAGGAUACCAGGAUUCCUUGUUAUCUCAGGACUCGGAAGUACUUAAUUUGUCCAGUGUUGGUGAUUCCAGUGGACUGUAUCUGUGAAACACAAUUUUGCCUUUUUUUAACUUUGAGAAGCUAAAGCUCGCUUGAGCUUUCUAACAAACCAAAUUUCUGCGUUGAAGUCUUAACCAUAUUUAAGUGUUACCAUGGCUUCAAAGAAGCUAUUGUGUUUGUAGUGGGUUGUAAUUGAGCUGACUGUUUUUAGAUUGGUUUAAGUAAAGGAAAUGUUUGGUUUUGUACAGACUUUUCAUCUACUAGAGUGGAAAUACUCAAUAAAUGUUAUGUCAAGACUGA